AUGGCACUCCUUCAGACUUCACUAAUCUGGAUCGUGUAUGCUGUGGUGAUAGCUAUCCUGCUGGCGGUAGCUUCGGUCUUCAUCUACGUCUACCAAACUCCGCGGGACCGGUCCCCCUCUGUUACUCUGACUUGUAUCAUUGCAAUAACCUGCUUGCUAGCCACUGUUCUUCUCCUCCCCGUGGAUGUUGCUCUGGUAUCAUCAACCACCUCGUCCAGGUUGGGUAAAAGGAAAGAUUGGGCCACUCCAGAUGCAGUAAACCGCAUUACCUACUCCUUGACCAUUGUCUAUUAUCUCUUAUACUCGGCGGAUGCACUGCUAUGCCUGUUAAUCAUUCCUUUUACUUACUUCUGGUACGAAGAAUAUGACGAGGUGGCGGCCGAGGAAGGUGAACAGACUUUCGGCCAGCGAUUUUGGGGUGCCUUCAAGUACACGCUCUCUUUCAUCGCGAUUGUGGUGAUUUUGUUCCUGGUUGGUUUCUUCGUGCCUGUAUCCAAAGAUAAGGGUGGCCUUGAUUUGGACUAUUUCAAGCGACUCCUAACUGAGAACCAUGGUGAACGAGCAUUAGCAUUUGCACUUGGGCUGUUGACGACUAUUGGUAUCUGCCUCUACGUCCUAUAUACCUCGUCAGGGCUUGCGCUCCUCCCUAUUGGUCUAAUCAAGACAGCUCCCUCGAUUUCCAGCCCCGCCCUGCAAGCUACCACCGCACAGCAGCUGGAGGCAAACCGGGAGCGACAGCGACAACUAGAGGGUCGCUGUGGAGGAAACCCCGAACUUUUGUCUUCUAAGGACCGUCGCGAAUUCGAUACUCUUACGCGAGAAGAGAGGACGUUAAUUCGACGACAGCGCUUGGUUGAAGAAGCACAAGGAAAUGGUCAAGGCUGGCUGAUGCGGGCAUGGUAUAAGAUCGAGGCCAUUUUGCGCCCCUUCAAGCUACUGGGUGGUAUCCUGCUGCUGCUGAUCGCUUUGGUGACCUGGGUGUCGAUGCUUUUGACAGCCAUCGAUAAGGCCAAAAAUUCGAUCUGCAAGCACCGCUGCGGUUAUAUUCUUGGACAUGUUAAUGUUUUUAACCCUCUGAACUGGGUACUGGUGCAAUCCGCCAAGGUCUUCCCGGUUGACUACGCGAUCUUCACGGUGCUUGUUCUGCUCUUCUUUUAUAGCUCUGUGGUUGGUAUCGCUACAGUCGGGAUUCGCUUUCUCUGGAUCAGAAUCUUUGAGAUUCGCAAGGGCCAUACUUCACCGCAGGCUCUUCUCUUGGCAACUUCCAUGUUGAUGGUCAUCAUCUUAGCACUGAACUACUCAAUUUCUAUGGUGGUUGCGCCACAGUACGCCACAUUUGGGCCCCAGACUUUCUGUAAUCGGGCUCCGAGUUCAUCGUUCGAGCAACCAGAUUGUUCUGAUAGCAAAGAGUUCAUCAAGCCAUGCUCUGAGUUAUCAGAUAAUCCUGCUGCGCAACAAGUAUGCACACCUAGUGUUGUCAGCACUUUUUUGAACCGUGUCACUCUCAAUUAUCCGUUCUUUGGCGUGGUUUUUUUCUGGGCACAAUUCUUUUUCUUAGGUCUUUAUCUAAUCAUCUUCGUGGCUUCUCUUUUCCGAUCACCGAAACUAAAUGAAAGGCAGCUUGAUGAAGAUGCCGAAGAGGCUGAGGAAGAAGGUCUACUUGCUAGCACCGGCAGACGGUUCAAUGCGACUUGGCAAGACAUUACAGGGAGCCUCCCCCAAACUAGAGGGUCCGGAGGUUGA